AUGCAAAUCCCUCCACCUGCCGUUCUUGCCGCACUGCUCCGCCAGCCUGUUGAAGGCGUCGCACAGUGUGGGCAGCGUGGUGAGAAAGACCUUGGCGUACUUUUCACCUUGACCGUCGGUGAACUGUGCGCCGGCGUAGGCGGAGACGUACGCACAUGUGAACUCGGCGGCGAACUUUGUGAGCCCCUCCACCAGGCCGUCCAGUCGCAGGUUACUCAGCGCGUCGGUGAGGCUGUGGAGCAGGGCUUGGAGUCUGUGGUCGAAGAUAUCCUCAGUUCUAAUGUAUUCAAGUAA